ACCUUGCCCUACGAGAGGCGGCGACUCCUAGCAACAAGCAGUGGCAUGACUUUUGACACACACGAUGACACACUGUACACAUGACCAGUAUAUAGCCCUGCUCACUUGUCACAAGGGCUCGGUUAAUUGUCCUGCAAUGAGCCUGAACAAUGGAUGAAACAGGAUAUUCCUUUUCUCUCUCCACACUCGCAUGAGGAAAACGAGAUAUACAUAUUUCAGACAGGGUUGUUGUUUGUCGGUUGAGGAAUCACCGACAUGGCAAUCUUCUAUGUCACACUGGCCAUGCUAGCGGCUAGCAACUUGGUGAUAGAAGACAAUACGAUCGUCCAGACUAUGUCCAUGUGUGGAAUUCAGUCCGUGCCUCCAAGUAAUGCUGACCCAAAGAGCAACGUGCAGACACUGACCGUUCUGACUUACCAUUACCUUGGUGUCCAAAAACAACCAUAUGGAAGUCCUACCACGUCCCUGACCAGUACAAAGACUGCCCUGGAGCCAAGAAGAUACAUCCCUACCAAAGAUGUAACAAAACCUGAGGAUGAAUCGACCCUUUUCAUCGUUGGAGUCAUCCUGUGUGUCAUUGGAGGCAUAUUACUUGUUGCUGCGUGCCUCACAUGGAGAAGGACGCAGCAGGUUUCUCGCGGUGAAAGUUCCGGUGCCUCAGCCUCCGAUGGAUCAGCUGGAAAAAGGGACAAACGAUCUCCCUCUGAAGUCAGCUUAAAAAUAAUCCCUAGUAUCGUGGACAGAGACAACGUCGGUCUUGACAAGAAUAACCUGAAUGCGAUAACUGUCAGUCCCGAAAAUGAAACGAUUUAUUCUGACGGGGAAGAGGACGUUUACGAGCUUGAAGAGGGGGGUUACGAUUAUACUUGUUUUGAUGGACAGCAAGAUGGACGCGGAAAGGAGGAAGGAAACAUUGAAGAGGAGGAGAUGUUGUAUGAGGACAUCCCAGAGCAGAACGAGAGAAAACAUAUGUGGCACAAUAGACCACGUAUUCCAACGCCCUUUUUACUGUCAGAGCGUUUAGGCCCCAAACCUUGCAAGUUCUUCGGGAAUCUACUUGAGAAAAAUCCCGCUAAAACUCUCGACGCUGAAGCAGGAGACAAUGAAAGUCAUCUGGACCGGAACGGAAGGUCACUUUCUCUCCAAACUGGGAAACGACCAGUCCUUUUCAACUCAUUCUCUUCACCACCGCACGCUCUAAAAAGAUGGAAUGCAGACGGACAAGCGUAUAAUCCCUCUGGCGUAGAUCAAGAAAUGGUGUUUGAUACCGAAGGUAUCAAAGAAGGUGAUGAGUACAGCCAUUUGAACCGCACGUGCCGAUCACAUUCGGCAAAUGACCAGAUGAUGACCGUUUACGGUUACCCAGGUAUACUGAAAAACCACAGCGUGGGCACCGCUGCUGUUGACCCACUGUUAGCAGUAUCAACUGCUCUUGUCAGUCACAGCGACGGUAAUGUUACCUCUGCCACCUACACAGGGACAGGUGUGUCCAAUACCCCAGAUCCCCACGUUCGCAUUGACGAAGGCGCUGGUGAGCCCGAUUCCUCAGAUUUGGAAGAACACAUAUACGAGAUGUACGAAGGAAACGGUGUGUCAGUGGUUAGAAAAAUUUCCUCGAGACUAGAGAAAAACCCGUAUAAAGACAAACCAAUGCAACUUCGGCCUGUCACGGAUACACUUGCUGACCUCGAUGAUAACAUCUAUUCACUUGCAUCAGCCGACGAUCCCAGAGGUCACGAAAGCAAACAAUCUCUCUUGACAGUCGAGCCAACCUCUGGUGACAAUUGCAACUACAUGAUGACAGGUUCAGGCGUUACCCUAGACGAGGCCUCUGACCAAGCUGCGAAAGUGGACUCCUUUCAAGGACAGAUGAUAAACAGUAUUCCUCUAAUUACUGAAACCGCAAAGCCUGGCCAAACACCAGAUGACUUUGAGAACGCAUUCCCUGAACAUGAACAACAUGUCAAAAACCUAACUGGGGGUGUGGACCUGGAAACACCAGACGAGAGCUCAAAAGAACAAUGCUCUGAAGGAAAAGAUUCUCAAGAAAAGUGUUCACAGAAAGCACAUGAUCCAGGAAAAUAUAUUCAAGACAAUGUUACACAUAAAAAUGAUGAUUUAAAGAUGGAUUCUCAGGAAAUAUGUUCCGUAACAGGAGAAAAUAAAGAAAUGGAUUCUCAAGAGUAUAUUUCCCAGGAAAAUGACAACAAAGAAAAUGACUCGGAAUAUACAACUCGUCCAGAAAACGAUUUGCAGCUUGAACCUCCGUGCUCUGAAGAACCUCGAAGUAGCGACCAGAUCCACGAAGUUCUUCAAGACCAACCCUCAGAGAAAGCUGAAAUUCUGACUACAAGCCAGGACGUUAAAGGACUGGACUUGCCACAGUCUCCUGUUGACUCAAAAGACGGGGGUCAAAUUUCUGGCGGCAUACCACAAUGCUUACCGGCUGGUAACUGGGUUAGUUUUCAAGGUGAGGAUUUCUAUGUUGUUAAGAACGAAUUGUAUACGCAGUCCUCGAUAAAUAAUACGUGAUGCACUGUAUCCGACUUGAGCAAUGUGCUUACCUAAGUUGGUCAAACCGCUUUAUGGCUUUGUGAGGCUUCCAAGCUCAGAGUUUUAGAGAAUUUUUCACCAACAACGUGUGUCCUGUUGACCAAUGUCCUGAUAUUUUUGCUUCUCUUGCAGCCUCUACUUUACAAAUUAUUCUGCUAAAAAGAGGUGUGCUGCUACUUUAGCUUGGUGAAGAUAAUUUCACAAAUAUAUUAUGUAUUUCCCACAUUCAGCUUUUUAAGUACUGUUUGAGAUAUCAAACUGUAACAUGUGGACAUAAUUCGAGAUAUCUUUCAGUCUAUUUUUGAGUGCGUUUUAAGCAUUUUAAUAUUGUGUUAUUUCUUGUCUCUCCGCAUUUCUUUUAAUGUUCUUUGAUUGUUAAUGUUUUCAAGUUUAAUGCAAAUUUAAUUGACUUAGUGCCCACGGCUCAAUUCAUUACAAACUCAUAGUUUUGUUUCCUGUAAGACAAAUGCAUAUCAUUUUGCUUAGAUGCAGUAUGUUACAUGCUCUUGAUCAUUUAAUUUUCAGUUUUUGUUUCUCCGACGUUUUACCAAGCAAAUAUUUUACGUGACUUAAACUAACCCGUGUUACAUUACGAUGUCGAUGGGAUUAGCAAAUAUAUUUCUCUUGUUUGUUGUAUCGUCUGUUGCUUAUUAAUUAUGUAUUGGAACUCGGAUUCAGCAAAGUCAUCAGGCCUGGUCCUUAAUUUCGUUGAAUCCGAGUGUUCAUUAAAGUAAACAUGAAUUAUUGUGUCUGAAUAAUUACAGGCAGGGCGCAAGUAAUGUAUAUAUAAUGUAUUUUCUCAAUCAAAAGUAGUUUGGUUUCAAAUGAGAGACAUUUUCAUUUCUUUGAUACCAAAGAAAUACUGGAAAAUACCGGGAAAAUACACUGAACUCUGCCAAGCAUACACUCUGAAAAAUGGUCGAUUUCUUCAAAUGCACGCCUGUGUCAUCUAUCAUCUAUAACGUAUUGUUUGCCAAACAAGAUAUGUUGCUACGUAUAAUGUUGCAUGCGGCAACAUUUGAUUCCUCUGUCCAGCGCGCAAUUCGUUACGCAGAUCUAUGGCAUUAGCUUAUCAUUGCUAUAUUGAUCUGUAGCUGGGAAAAAAUAAGUGAGUCAUGUCUGUAUCUCUACUGACGUUUCACGCCCGCACCGCUUGUUGUACACCGUCCCCCAAGUUUCACACUAACACAGUCACACGUACGUCACAUGAGUGGUGGCUGCGCGUCCGACCCUGACACACCUUAAGACAUUGGUGCGUGCUAACAACGCGUGUGUGGGUAUGAAAGGAAGCCACUGAUUGAUCGCACAAAGCAGUUCACACUUCGUUAAAUCCGAGCUUCCUCAUUUAUGUGUUCGUCAAAUCCAAGUUAUAUUUUAUUAAUAUUUAUGAAUUUUUAAAAACUGGGAAUCCAACUCCUUCGUCGAAUCCGAGGUUAUGUUGAACUUGAGUUCGUUGAAGUCGAGUCCCACUGUAUUAUAAUUAUCGAAUGUUUUUUUCCCUGACCCUUCUCUCCAUCUUUUCCUGGGCCUACCUUUUCCUCUGUACCCUUCUUAUAUCUCUGGCUGUUUGCUCUUGCUGUUAUACUGUCUGGUGGUUAUAGUUUUGACAGUUGUCCACAACACGAUUUCAUGUAUCUGUUAUCUAUGUACUUCAAGCAGGCAGUUGCGCCCACACAUAAUUGUCUGGCUAUCUCGUCCUUCACUCUCUUUCUUUCGUGUAAUGUUUUAAGUUCUCAUUAGGCAUCACAUCUCAAAGGCGUUUAUUUUACGUUGAUGGCUUUUGUUUAUUGUUCGUGUUUGGGCUUAGUAGCACAGCACUGGUAUACAUUAUGCUAUUGAUAAGUCGGUAAGUC